GCUAAUGAGCGGGUCGGGAGUAUUUUCUGUAUUGUGUUUAUGUAAGAUCUGUUACUCUGCUCGCGGGUUCACUCCGGGGUUUGUUGAUAAAGCGGAGAGGGAAGCAGACUGACUUCUGGUGGAUGUAAAAGCGCACGCAUCUCGGCUUGGGUUAAUAUUUUUUUUGUUUCCCCUUAAAACACUUCGAGUGGUUAAUUCCUGUAAUUGGAUCAAUGGACAUAACGCUGAGCCACGUCGCCUAAUGCCCCACUGCAGGAGAGCGCGCUGAAGGCUGCAAUUCCGACCGGCUUCAGACUCAUCCAGUUCUUCCGCUCGCAGUUCACUUCAGUUCAGGGUUUCUGCAUGAUCCUGGGUGCUGGUUGUUCUUGGUCCUGGAUAUCAUUUCCAGUUUAGUGUCGUUACCAUGGCACGCGCUUCAGGCCCCUGAACGCCUUUCAAAUGCUCGCUGGGUUUUUUUUGUUUUCUUUUGCAGAUUUUUCGAUUUACUUCUAAACGGAUCGACAUUUUUGUAUCGCAUCACUGCAGAGUGUAAAUCAAACAAAUCGGCGUUUGUUUGUUUUUCCACCCUGCUCGAUUUCCCAACUCGUGGAUCUCAGCGUGUUCCCUGACUGGGAACUUCCAAAAAAGGCCUGCCUUGAGUGUUAGUGAAAAGACCUGCAAUUAUUGACCUACAUGUGGCAGGGCCACUGUACAGGCAGCGUACCUGGACAGAGGCAUUACUAACCCCUAACAUUUCUUCAUAUACUGGUUUGCCAGAAAGCCGCAAUCAUUCCGUGCUGCAAGGGCAACUCCAAAAUGUCUUCCAAUGGGGACCUGCAAGACGUUGGGAGUUAUGAUAGUUUUUGGGAGCCGGGAAACUACAAAAGUACAGUGAAGCGGGUUGACGACGGCCACAAACUCUGCAAUGAGCUAGUCAGCUGCUUCCAGGAGCGUGCCAAGAUCGAGAAAGCCUAUUCUCAGCAACUGAAUGACUGGGCCAAAAAAUGGAGGGGUGUUGUGGAGAAAGGCGCACAGUAUGGCACAGUGGAGAAAGCUUGGCACGCUUUUAUGAACGCAGCAGACAAGCUAAGCGAGAUCCACAUGGAGCUGAAAGAAAAGCUGGUUAUGGAGGACAGUGAGAAGAUCCGCAUAUGGCAAAAGGAUGCCUACCACAAACAGAUGAUCGGAGGCUUCAAGGAGACCAAAGACGCAGAAGAGGGAUUCCGUAAGGCCCAAAAACCAUGGGUUCGCAAACUUAAGGAAGUAGAGGCCUCUAAAAAAAGUUACCAGCAGGCCCGAAAGGAGGAGAGGACAGCAAUGACACGCGAGACACAUGCCAAGGCUGACCCCACCAAGUCCCCAGAGGAUGUGCGGAAGUUCACAGACCGGGUGGAGAAGUGCACUCAAGAGGCAGAGAAAGCAAAGGAGCGCUAUGAGAAAGCUCUGGAUGAGCUGAACCGUUGUAACCCACGGUACAUGGAAGACAUGGAGCAAAUGUUUGAGAUAACCCAAGAUGCUGAGAAGAAUCGACUGUGCUUUUUUAAAGAGGUGAUGCUGGACAUCCAUCAGCAUCUGGACCUCUCCAGCAAUGAAAGGUUUAAGGCCUUGUACCGAGAUCUAAGCCAAACCAUUAAUGCAGCUAGUGACAUGGAAGAUCUGCGGUGGUGGAGGAACACGCAUGGACCUGGAAUGAGCAUGAACUGGCCCCAGUUUGAGGAAUGGUCUCCAGAGGCCAGCCGCAAUAUCAGCCGCAAAGUGAGAAACAGCCAAAUUGAUGAUGUCACUUUGACCAACAUCGUAUCUGCUGCUGAUGAAGCACCUCAGACUCCACAUGAUACUAUCCGAGCUGCCAAAGACUACUCCUCAGACUGGUCUGAUGAAGAGAGUCCUAAGAAGUAUAUAGCAGCGAAUGGAGUUGAGCUUGAAGAGGAGGAGGAGAAGGUAGUGGGUGUGCGUGUUCGAGCACUGUAUGAUUAUACUGGCCAAGAAUCUGAUGAGCUGAGCUUUAAAGCAGGUGAAGAGUUGAUGAAGUUGGGAGAGGAGGAUGAGCAGGGCUGGUGCAAAGGGCAGCUGGACAACGGUGAGGUGGGCCUCUACCCUGCUAACUACGUCCAGGCCAUUGGCUCCUGAUGUUCCACUAAGACCCACCACCUUCCUUGAGAAGGCAAAACCAUCACUACACUGACUACACUGUAUUGUGCCAGUGGGGCCUGCUCAAUGCUCUGGGGCCCUGCCAGCCAUCGCUACAUCUACGCAAGAACCUCCAGGGGAAAAAAAAAAAAACACAUCUUGUAUUUUUUUGUUGAAAGACAAGAGGAUUUAGGAUCACGUGCCAUGGACUAAACCAUGGUUUUGUCAGAGACUUUACAGGUGCAGUGCCUUUUUUUUGGAAGAUUAAAGGAACAGAAAGAAAGCAGAGCUGAAGAGUUACAGUACUGUCACCACACUCUAUGCUCAUUACAGACUUUUCACAUUUCUAAAGGGAUAAAUAUAUUUACUUUUCUGAUGUAUUAUGGGGGCUGAAUCUACACUAUAGGAGGUUACGGGAGAUUAUUCUGAUGCUUUUGUCCUAUACUUGUGAAUUUUCAGAUAUAUCAGAAAUCAAUUCAUGUAUUUAUUUAAACCAAAUCUAGUUGACUUUCGUUUUCUUAAAUAUGUAUGUUGCCGUGUACAUAUUUUUGUUCUUUACCAGGUUUGCUGCACAUAGCUAUAAAUCGCUGUAGGAUUCCUGAAAGCAUUGUCAGGUUUCUAGUCUUUAAAUGUGACUGAUUUCAUUUUGUAGAAUAAUCUGGAUUUGUACAAUGCAAAAUUUAAGGAUCAAAAUGGGCUCUACAAAAGUUAUUCUGAUGUGCUAAAGGAAUUCAUAUUUUUGAAGCAGAGGAUGCUUACAUUGAAUAGUUAUUUUAGUUAUGAUUUUACUUUAUUUUUUGGUUUUUAAUUAAAAGCAACAUUAAAAAGACUCAGACCAAUGACUUAGUUGAGGUUAUCUGAGCAGCGCAUGUGUUUUGUCUGCAUAUCCAUGUUCGCUUGUUUGUACAGAUUGUGAGUGUCAGAAGAUAUAAGAUUUAUUUUGGUUUUCACAUCCAUGACUGACACAUAACUAUAAACCUUCAACUACUAUAUAAAUGUACUAAUCAGUGUAAAAAAAUCCAAAUAAAUACCGAUGAGCUGAA